AUGUUGCCAUUGAAUCCCGAAUCGAUUGCAGGCUGCUUUGCAGUACCUAAUACCGCCCGCGCGGACGGCUCCCCUGUGUUUAGAAACAAGUUCAGCCGCAGCAUGGGCUUGGCCACCUCCAUUCAUCCCAAAAUAACAACCCUCUACGAUUUUUUCAACAGUGCUAUAGCGUUGUUUCCCUCAAACCACUGUCUUGCCGUUAGGAGUCCUCAAGAGCAAACGUACCGCCUUAAGACUUUUUUAGAGGUUGGGAGGAUCAGGGAUUGGUUUGGCUCUGGUCUAGAAUGUUUGCUUGACACUGAUUUGGCUGAGAGCGGUCUGAUUAGAACUCCGUUCGUGUUAGCCAUAUAUGCCCCUAACUGCUUCGAGUGGAUUAUUGCUGACUUGAGCUGCAUCGCCUACUCCAUCCCGACAACUCCGUUGUAUGACACGUUGGACCCGGAGUCUAUUGUUUUCAUCUUGGAGCUCACCAAGACACGGGCCGUUUUGGUGUCUCCUGCACAGGUUACCUGUAUUGUGGAUAUCUUGCGGAACAACCACCUCAAUGGUGUGAAGGUAAUUAUCAUCACCGAGAUAGAACUGUUACUGCUGAUUGACCCAAAAACGAGAGAGCGGGCGAAGAAAUGGGGGGUGAGGUUGAUAACCUUUGCCGAGGUGACCGCUAUUGGAGCCAGAAAGCCAGCAGCACACAUACCCCCAACUGCUGCCUCGAUACACACCAUAUCCUUCACUUCCGGGACACUGGGCAGACCUAAGGGGGUAGAGUUAACACACGGCAAUGCGGUGGCAGGGAUUACGUCUCUUUAUACGGUUACUCCCAAGCCUGACACCCGUAUACGUCAAUACAGAUCCUUGUGCUAUUUACCCUUAGCCCAUAUUAUCCAGAGGCAGGUGAUCCACUUUGAGUUUAGCUUUGGGGGCACGGUUUAUCUCCCGUCGGUGCCCAAUGACAGCAAACAGAUACUCCAAGACAUUUCCUUGAUAAAGCCUACACAUAUGGCGGGUGUACCGCGAAUCUUCAAUAGAAUAGAAGCGGGAAUUUCCACCAAACUCGAAUCCCUGAACAUAGCGCUCAAAGUUCUCCACAAGAGGUGUAUCGCAUAUAAGGAACAGAAGUUUAGUUCUGGAAAUCACGUUACAAACCACUGGUUGUACGAUCGCCGGUUUACCCAAAGGAUUAAGGCGGAGUUGGGGUUGGAUAACAUACAGUUGUUAGCCACCGGGUCGGCGCCUAUGCUUCCCGACGCCAUUCAAAAACUACGCUAUCUUCUCAACACCGAGGUGCUUCAAGGCUAUGGCUUGACUGAGUCCUAUGGCCCUGUUACGGCCCUGCUUCCGGGGGAUAACUCGUACCCGGAAAGCUCGGGGUUUGUAACCAUCACAACUGAAAUCAAACUCCAGGACGUACCAGAGAUGGAAUAUACCUGGAAAAAGAACCAAUCGGGAGAAUUAUAUCUUCGCGGCCCCCAAAUUAUGAGAGGAUACUAUAAAGAUCCCGAAAAAACCCAAGAAGCUUUUGCAGAAGACGGGUGGUUCAAAACAGGGGACAUUGCCAACAUGGAUGCAAAUGGACGCGUCAAGAUCAUCGACCGCGCCAAGAACAUUUUCAAGCUUUCUGACGGAGAGUACAUCUCUCCUGAAAAGGUGGAAAACGUCUACUUGCAAGCCAACUCCCAAUUUACCUCACAGACAUAUGUGUAUGGUGACUCAUUGCGAUCGUUCUUGGUGGCCAUCAUUGUCCUCAAAGAGAACGCGUGCUUGGAGUUGUUGCAGUCCUCCCUGUCCAAAAAGUUUCCUGCGAUUCGUUUUAUGGAUGAAACCAACCUGAUGGAAUUGAACGCAAACAUUGAGUUACGAAAAGUCAUUUUGCUGCACAUGAACAAAAACGUUGCUGGUGCUGCUACAGCGUUGAAUGAGAUGGAGCGUGUGCGGAACGUCUGGCUAUUUUUCAACCACACGUCCGAAACUGGCGAGAGAAAUACGGGUGAAAACUUUGGGUUCACUAUAGGAAACGGGUUGUUGACACCUUCCCUCAAGACGAAGCGGUUGGAGGCCCGAAGACGCUUUCAUGACGCUGUAGAAAAGAUGUAUGAGGAGGGUGAUUUUACUGUAUGAGGGCUGGAAAGAAGCAUCAAGAAUAGGGGAAAAUUCUCCAUUUAUCGAGUAAUUGGCUAGGCUUGUACGGGUAUACUCGUUGGAGGUGUCUGUAAAAACAAUAUCCAAGAAGCAAGCAAUUUGGUUGAGAAAGGUUAUAACUCUGAAAUAG